AUGUUUUCGUUUUUGGGCUCUUUCAAAAAAUCUUCUAAAAGCACUCCUUCCACGCCAACCUCUUCUCCAUCAUCAACACCAAAUAGAAGCACAACCAAGAAUCCAACAUCGCCGAGUAGUAGCAGUAACAAUCCAAUAGCAAAUGCAUCAUUGACCAUUCCGAACAGCCCUUCAUCAUCAUUGUCUUCAUCUCCUCCUUCAAUCUCUCCUCAACGUUAUGUUAGCACCAAUAAUGAUAUUAAUAUUCUCUUCUUGACUCACACAAUAUGUCCAAUUUGUUCCUUUGUAGAGGAAGGAAAAGGUUUGGACAAGGAACAUUGGAAAGAAGGAUUGAUUGUUAAGAAGGGAGAUGAUAUUUGGUUGGUCAUUAAGUGUUCGGAUCAUGGCGAUCAGGAAAUUAAAAUUUGUUCGAGUUUUGAUUUCUUUAUGAAAACUCUGGAUUAUGCUCCUGACAUUAUGGAAUCAAAAAGUAAUUUUAAUAUUGAAAUUGAGGAGCUCGAAAAACAAAUUCGGAAUGAUGCGAGUAUUAUUGAAAAUACGCCACUCAUGGUUGAUUUGGAUGUUUUUUGUGAUGAUCAAUUUAUUCCCGAUGAUAUCAUUAUCCAAUCAAUUUACGAUACCAUGAAUUUAAUACCGAAAGAGAAGAAUGUCAUUAUUCGGGUCAAUGGAAAACUCGUUGAGGAUAUUGUGACACUCAACAAGAAAUUAAAUCUUGUUUUGGAAUACGUUCCCGAUGAGAAUGCCAUUGUACUCGAAUUAUCAGUUCUCAGAAUUGUACAAUUGUCACAAUUAAAUGAUACAUGCCUCCUAAAUUCCAGAAUCCAUCCAUCCAUUCAAAUUUUUGUACAGAAAGGAAUUGAGAAAGAAACAGCUGUCGAGUUGAAUAACACAUUUAAUGCACUCAAACAAAUUACCAACCUGACCAUUAUUGUGAGAAUUGUUUUGAGCCGUCCUUUCCCCAGAUUAGAUGCCAUUCUUAACUUGCUUCGCUUCCCAAUGAAAGGUUUUUGUCGAUUUAUAAUAAUUGAAACAGAGAGAACUCCAAGUCAAAUUAUGAAGCAAUUCAAAAGCUCUACAAGCCACUACAAUGAAAACGAUGAAGCCUUCAAUGUGGAUCCUCUCGAAUUGCUCAAACUCAUUGAGGAAGACACAAAAGGACAAAUACGACUGGAUGAUUUCUUCCCAGCGAGUGUGGGCGUAUUGUUGGAGCCCUUCCUUUCCAUGUUAGGUAAAGGAAACUUUAAUAUUCGCCCGUCUCCAUUUUGUGGAUUUGCCACUUGUCUCAUCAACUCGGAAAAUCAACAAACCUAUCCCAGUGUUCCAGUAUCGAGACUCAUUGAUGUUGAGAAGCUUUUCAAAGAGAUGGCCCCAAUUGUGAAGAAUAUGAAGGCUUCUAUUAAUAGUAGUAGUAAUAGUAGUAAUAGUAGUAGUGCAAGUAGUUCCAUAUCAUCCUCCUCUGGUACCACCUCUUCUCAAGACAUUAGUUUCUUUCAAUACAGAGCUUUGAAGAAAGCCCUCGAGAAGGCAAGAAAACCUCAAUCCGAUUAUCCUCUUCCCAAAGAUUUAUUUUCCUACCUCAUUACUAGAGAUCCCAUAAUGACACGAAAGACCAGACAAAUUAUUGAGGAUUUACAAUUCCUCAUUGUUCACAAUGUCAUGGAUGUGGGAACAUUGGAUCUCAUGCGACGAACAAGAUGCACUCUUUGUAAAUAUCAACCUGGUGGAAAUGGCUUUAUUUCUUCAUGUACAAAUUGUAUUUAA